UGUUGGUUAAUGUCUUCAGGCUGGAGAGAAUGAACCAUCACAUGGUGUGGGAUUCUUGUUUCUUCAUAUAAACUGUUGAAGUAAAAGAGAAGUUGUUCUGCUCAGAGGGGCGCUGUGGAGUCUCUCAGUACCAGAGUCCGUCUCUUUCUUCCCGGUCACUGUUUAUUCGGAACAGUCAUUUGAAUGAAAUGUCAAACAACAGCGCCAACAGCAGUAAUCUGGUUCUUGCCCAGAAAGCUGUGAAACAGCUGCGGCUUGAAGCAAGCGUCCGGAGGAUCAAGGUUUCACAAGCUGCGGCUGAACUGAAGACAUUCUGCUUGCAAAAUGCCCAUAAGGACCCGUUGCUUGUGGGGGUUCCGUCCAGUGAUAAUCCAUUCCGACCUCCCAAAUCCUGCUCACUCUUCUGAGAUGAAAGGAUGAAGCCAUAAAAGCAUGUCUCACGAGUCGCUCUUCAUUCACUUCAUAAGUGAACUCUGCAGCUGGACCAACACUGCUUUUACAUUUUCACCAUCGUCUUUAUUUUUUCGAGAAGCUCUGUAGUUUAAACCUGUUGUUCUUAUGUUGUAUCCUGUAAUUUGACCUUAAAAGAGAAAGGAUUUUAUGUAUUGUCUAAUACAGUAAAAAAUAAAGGUUGUGUACAGGCACAUGGAAGUUCAAAUAAUUCUCAGGCCCAUGGUUUUAAAACACUAAAUUACUUGCCUUUCUGUUGCUUCUUCUGUGUCUGCAUGCCAUUUUAUUGCAUUUACUUUUGAUUGAAUUUAGCAGUGAGGUUUAUUUGAUUGUCGCUUAUACAAGCAUCAAACUCACGAGACUUCCGCAUCAUAAGAAAGCCAUAUAAAGUAUUUUAGAGUUUGUGUGUAUUAGGUUUUUUGAUGUCUUAUAUCUAAAACAAACAUUUUUGGACAUUAAAUGGGUGCCAUUACUUUUAUACCUUUAGUUUUAAAAAACAUGUAAUUGAUUUAUAAAUUUGCUCAUGAGCAACAGCAGACAUUAUAUUUUGUAUGGUAGAUGUAAUGUAAACUCAAAACUGUUGAAAUGAUGAAUACCACUUCUUUUGUUUAGAGUAUAUUAGUGAUUGUAAGGCUUUCGUCAAAUGUUUUCUAAAAAAAAAAAUCUAACUCUAAUAUCUCUCUUUUCUGUGACUCCUAAUAUGCCAAAAUAUAACUCAAUAAAUGUAAUAUGAUCACAACCUCUUUAAAUUCUCAUGUGUACUAAAAUGCAUAACAAUACAAAGCAGCUCGAUUUCAGACGUUUUUACCUACUGAUUCUAUUUGCAGUAGUGUAUUAUAUAAAGAUAAGAACUUUAUUGAUCCCAAAGGAAAUUAUUUUGCCGGAUACUGCUGCAGAGUACACAGGAGAAAUAAAUAUCAAUAAAAUAUAAAUAAAAUAUGCUAUUAUAUACAAAAUGUACAACAAAUAAAGACCUGUUAACAUCUAAGUUAAGUUAAGCCUUUAUUUGUCACAUAUACAUUACUGCACAGUGAAAUUCUUUCUUCACAUAUCCCAUUCUUGGGGGUUGGGGUCAGAGUUAGCCGAUACAGCGCCCCUGGAGCAAGGUGGGUUAGGGGCCUUGCUCAAGGGCCCAACGGUGGCAGCUUGGCAGUUAACCACUUGAGCAAUCACCGCCUCAAACGUUUCUAAUGACUGGUGUGGGUAUGCAUAUGGCCUGACAUAUAACAUAUUGUGUCUAUGUUGUACAAGCACAUGUAAAGUAUAUACACAAAAAGAUAUGGAGAUCAAAUGAAAGCAAGCAGUUAUUUGGUAACAUGAGGGUUUUUUUUUCUUUUCUUUCUGAAUAUGUUAUAUGUAAGAAGUGAGCUUUUUUUUCCAGAUAAAGUGUAACUUCUGUCAGCCCAUUGGGACCUUAAAAUAUACUUGGUUUCUGUGUAAUGUUAAAGCAUGUGUCCAUUAAAGUUCAUGAUGAUGAUGUACUGAUA